UCGCCAUCUUCUUCCUCAUCAUCGCCAUCUUCUUCCUCAUCAUCGCCAUCUUCGUUGUGGCUGUCAGCGCCACUUCCACCUAAGCCAAAUAAUACAAACUUAUUUGGUUGCGAAAUUUUCCUGAGUCUCGCCUAUGCUAAGAGGAGAACUCACUUGCACUACUAUGGUCACCUCGUUGAUAACUACGUCGCUGACUUUGUCAAUGUCAAGGACGAGUCGCCAAGCAUUAUGGCGCUAUCUGUGUCGACCUUGGAUAGGCUGUCCUCGCUGGAGAGGUUCGUUGAGGAAUGGCCUGGACCCCUUGGCAUUCUGUUGUACGUCAGUGAACAUGAUGCCUACCAUAACCUAGAUUUCAUAAUAAGGUCAUCUGCCAUUUUGAGCCGGAAAGAUAUUGUUAGGAGGUUGGAUGUCCAUUUGGUCUAUAAAAGAGACGGUCACAACCCGAUCAACUACAUGAGGAAUGUGCUGCUCAACAACAGUUUCGCCGAUUACAACUUCUAUAUCGAUAUCGAUUUGAUACCAAACAAAGGAGCAUACCGAAGUCUUCAGAACAUGAUCAAAUCGAAUGGAAAUUCGAUAUUCUUGCUACCUGCUUUCAAGUCUGAAAUAUAUUUGGAUGAAAAAUUGUUCCCAAAGAAUAAAGGCGAACUUCUCAAAUUAAUCGAAAAAGGUUCAGUUAACGGAAUUGGCGUUAAAUCUGGCUGGAAACUAGGACAUCAGCCUACAAAUUACAGUAGAUGGCUUACUGCGACUGAACCGUAUCGAGCAGUAUUCAAAGACGCGUUCGAACCGUACGUGGUGGCACCGAAAUGGUUGUGGGCCCGUUUCAACGAGGACUUAAUGGAAAGAAUGGGCGAUAAGAUCGCAUACGCCCGCCUACUCCACGGUCUCGGGUUUGAAUUCUGGGUGGCCCCAAAUGACUUCAUCAUCCACCUACCUCAUAUUUUAAGUGCCGGAACGAAAAAGUAUGGACUUUAUCCAGAUAUGUACAGGUGUGGCUCUGUCUUAUUCGAAAAAUAUCGAACAGACCUCAACCUUCUAUUUCCAAAUGUUACAUUUUGAUCCAUCACAUUGCGUUGUACAGAACACGUGUAUAUUAAUAAAAAUGUGAUAUCCAACUACAUUUUAGCUUUUUAGCUUAUUUUCUAUUGGCUCGAAGUAUUAUUUUGUAUGUGGUUUCAACAUGGUCUUUCAUUUUUAUACGGUUUGCAUAUAUAGAAUGUAACAUAUAAAGAUAAACAUAUUUUAUAUAUAUGAUAGUAUGCUUUUUAAUACAUUAUUUGAUACUACCGUCAA